CCUCGUAUGAUGGUGCGACUGGUUGCUGGUGUUGCGUCGUUUGGUGUUGGUCCCUGAAGGGGUUUUUGUGUUGUUAUUUAUCUGGCCAGUUGUUGACCUUCGACUGAAUAAGACAAUCAUGAGUGAUGAAGAUGGAUACAAUGAUAUUGACAGUGGAGACGACGGGGAUGACGACCUGGACCUGGAGAGUGGCUAUGGAGACGGCUCCUCCGGCCAGAAGAACCAGAUGCAGUUCGGUUCGCAGGCGGAGAAGAGGGCGCACCACAACGCUCUGGAGCGGAAGCGACGAGACCACAUCAAGGAUAGCUUCUGCGGUCUGCGCGAUACCGUGCCGGCGCUGCAGGGCGAGAAGUCGAGUCGAGCGCAGAUUCUGAAGAAGGCGUCCGACUACAUCCAGUUCAUGCGGCGGAAGAACUCUGCUCACCUGCAGGACAUUGAUGACCUGCGGCAGCAGAACAGCCAGCUGGAGGAGCAGAUCCGGGCGUUGGACCAGGCGCGGGAGGAGGGCACGCUGCCCACCAGCCUGGCGCGACCGUCGUUCCUGCCGCAGCCCUACGAGCAGGGCGACUCGGACUCGGAUGAGGAGGCGGCUGGCCCGGCCGCCGGCACCGCGCGACCCGCACCCCGGACCAAGCGCAUCCGGCGCUCCUAGCGGCGCCGGGCGCGCUGGCCGCCGAACCCCAGCCCUCAGGCCUGGCCUGACCUGACCUCAGCUCUCGGACGACGCCCGGCGAGCCGUCGCGCGCGGCGUGGCGGUCACGCCGCCCGUCUGGCGUUCCGUGUCUUUCGUGCAGUGGCGCAGGUGCGAGUGCGCGGGCGGCCUCCUUCUGAAGGGAAUUCCACUCGCAAUAACGCCCGAGGCGCCCAGAGACCAGUCGGACCCUCCGCUCGUAGACAGGCUUGUUUUCAGUACAAAUUGCCCGGAAUUGACAACGCACCGCGGUGGCACGCGCGCGAAACGCUCCGGUCCUGGUCCGGUCUCUGAGUGGCGAGGCAUGAGAAUGACAGGAGAUUGGUACGACGGCGCUCGCUGGUCGGGCCCGUUCGGCGCGUGGCCGACAGCAAACCGCGCGUCGCCAGCACCGCUUCCGCACCUGUAGAGCGCACGUGACGCCCCCGUGUUAGUGCCGUCCGGCCCGACCCGGCCAUCUGUCGUGACUGUCCCGGUAGACUCGUCGAUGUGCCGCCUGGGCCCGCCCCGGUGACGGUGGUGCCCUCCGGCGGAGGAAGCCUGUCUCCCCACCGUCAAUACACGGCGCAGAGCAGACGGCGGCGAACCGCGCCUUUGGGAGGAGCUCCACACUGAGGUGGGCGGUCUGACAUGGUGCCAGGCCUCGCCCAGUGAGAAGCGGCUUUGGCCGUUUGUCGAAUAGGGUCAGUCCAACUCAACGCGUGCGCCUGGGGGAUGAAACCAGACAUACCGUCGUUUGUCGGGGUCAGUGUCCAAUGACGUCAAUGCAGGUAAUUCAAGCAUGUUUUGAAAACCGGGUGCGCGAUCUAAAAGUGGGCACUUAAUUCUGAA